AUGCCUGCUGGACUUGGACUGAAGUCGAGGACUCGGGAUCUUUUCUCGAGGUCUUCAGGAAGAAGGGCCCGACUCCUCUCUCCAUCUAAUUGUGGAGACUAUGUCGAUGUCAAGGUGACCGGGUCAAUUCACAAGGGCAUGCCCCACAAGUUCUACCAUGGCCACACCAGCCGCGUCUGGAACUUCACAAACCAUGCCACAGAUGUUGAAGUCAACAAACAGUUUCAAAGGUUAAACUCUAACCUUAAGGGUCCCCUACCACCUCUGCCCUGGAGCAUCGUGAGGGAGUAUCAUCUUAUGUGCUACGAAAUCAACAAAAAGAACAUUGAAAGUCCUUGGAGAAAAGUACAAAACGAAGAUGCUGGCAUAAAGCUAGACAGAUUAUCUGAAGAGAUACAAGAAAUGAACUUGUUUGCUUUGUAUCUAAAUGUAACAGUGUUGGAAAUCCUAGAGAAUGGUGUGUAG